CAGUCGAAUUUGGUUGAAUGGAAUUGACAUAACAUUAACGCAAGCUGUCAUACAAGAAAGCACAAUGCGUCUAACUCAAAAGUUAUGCGCUCAACAUUUGGAUUACUGGUUCAAACAACAAUGGAAACGGGUGGGUCAAAGAAUCCCAAUUGAUACUGGCGCGCAAGCGGAGCUAGAAAGAUUGGGAAUCAAAGUAAUCGAUGCCAAGGAAGUGCUGCAGGAUCCGAAACCAGUGAGAGAAAAUUUCGUAUUCGACAAGCUGGUCCCUGAUCCUGUUGUCAUUCAACAGGAAAAGGCCGCAUAUGUCCUCCGGGAUGAAAACGUCUUAUUGGAAGGUACAGCACAAGCACAAGUCCUGCUUAAAACGAUCCAAGUGGAUGGAUUUCCAAAGAACGUGGAAGAGAAGUUGGAACAAGCGAAGAUAUCCCCGUCGACAAAUCGGAAUGUUCAAAACGCCAUACUAGCGUCGCACCUAUUCGAUUGCGAACAGAAGAAAACGGCAAUCAUGAAAGUUCCCGAGAAACCGAUGUUUGUUUUGCCGAGGAAUUAUGGGAUAACUGAUGAUCGCAAAAACCGUCUUAUCAUCUCCAAAUUACUUUUCGAAUGUGAAAAGUUACACGGACGUUCGCUUGUUUUUCAAAGACGAUUAGGCAACGAUUUAAAGUGCCACAUUCACUUCAGUAAAGAUGAUCACCCACUUCAGUUUGAUUUUAAUAUAGACACUAUAAUUACAUCUAAACGUCCACUCGACCCCGUUAAAGAUAGAAUCAAUUCAGAUCUGCCGGAUAUCUUUCCUCUGAAAAGCACAAUUUCAAUUCCGGUAACCAAGAAGUAUGAAAUCCAAACAGUUUUCCCUAUAACCCAAAGUACAUCUUUCCCAAAUCCUCAUACCAUCUUCUUGCAUUUUUCACCAUUGAGUGUUGGAAACCUGUACGGGACUCCAGUGACUGAUAGUCAGUUCCAAGCGAGAAAUAUGCUUAAAGCCUUCAGUGUUGCAGCUGCAAGAGCAAAACAACUUUAUGGGGACAAUGCAACUAAUCUGGAGAAGCCCGUUGUUGUACAGAGCGUGCACACCGAUGGCAAAUUAUUCCACUUCGGUACGUAUCAACUUAAUACCCUAAACCUAGAUGGACGUGAUGGGCUGAAAAACUAUUGGUUCCAAAAACCAACAACGGAACUUUUCCAUGAGUGCAAAUAUGAUGUUGGGCGACCUAUUUUGACAGGGUACAACAGUGCAGUGAUUAGUUAUUUGAAUGCCUUCUAUGGUAAUGAUUAGGAUGAAUGUCAGAAGUUGUUAAGAACUAGAAAUUUGCUAAUAUAAAGGAGAAAAUAAAACAAUGAUUUUCAUUUUCUAUUUUCAA